AAAAAUAAGAUCAGCAAUAAAAAAGGAAGUUAAAAUAAUGUAUCUUUGGUUUAAGUCUGCAUGUUUCCAGAAAACUGGGCUGAUUUGAAGGAGCAAAAUAACAAAAUGAACGAAGUAAAGCUUGCUGUAAUGGGUGAUAAAGGCACCGGGAAAUCUGCCCUUAUAGUAAGGUUUCUUACCAAACGAUUCAUUGGAGAAUAUGCUUCUAAUUUUGAAUCUAUCUAUAAUAAGCAUUUGUGUUUGGAAGGGAAACAGCUGAAUCUGGAAAUCUAUGAUCCUUGUUCUCAAUUGCAGAAGACAAAAGUUUCCCUCACAAGUGAGCUUCAUUGGGCAGAUGGCUUUGUCAUUGUAUAUGAUAUCAGUGACAGGUCUUCGUUUGCUUUUGCAAAAGCCCUGAUGUACAGAAUUCGGGAGCCACAAACUAGUCAUUGCAAAAGAGUCACAGAACCAGCAGUGCUUUUAGUUGGAAACAAGCAAGACCUCUGUCACGUGCGCGAGGUUGGCUGUGAAGAAGGACAGCGGCUGGCCCUGGAUAACCGGUGCCAGUUCUGUGAGCUGUCUGCUGCGGAGCAGUCUCUGGAGGUAGAAAUGAUGUUCAUCAGAAUUAUCAAGGACAUUCUGACAAACUUGAAACUCAAAGAAAAGAGAAGAUCCAGUGGUUCUAAAUCAGUGGCUAAACUGAUCAAUAAUGUAUUUGGAAAGAGAAGGAAAUCUGUUUAGUAGACUUGUAAUUCUAGGAAAUGUAUUAUAUCCAAGUGUUUCAGACAUUCACAUGGUAAUUCAAUUUACCCUUUGUAUGCAAUUUAAAAACUUCUCUUGGAGGCUUGAAAUGAUGGAGCAAGAGCUACAGCUGUAAUUUCAAAUAUAUUGUUUGUCUUUUUGUUGACUAUAGCUGGUUCACUCUGUGUCACGUGCCAUGUUUCACUUAUUGUACUAAAUAACACUAGCAGAGGUUUCUUGAUGGAUUGUUAUCCUGUGUGCCAAGUGAACUCUUUAAUAAACUUAUAUAAGUUUAUUAAACUACUUUGCAAGGUUUAUUUACUUUUGUUUUCUACAGUUCUGUUGCAUGAAUUGAGUAAUACUAUUCAUACUGUCAAUAUAGGUUGCAACUUAUAAUUUUUUUUUAUUUAAUAGAAACACAUAGACUCAUUUUUAAAAUGUCUUUUUAAAAAUCUAGUGAGUUACAUGAUACAUCAACAUUUUACACAUGAAUUAGGGUUUAAGAGAUUGUAUUCCAUGCCCAUAAAUGAAUGUUUUGUAGUUGGUCUCAUGAUGAAAAUGGCUUGUUUUUCUUUUAUGUUCUCUCAGGAAGGGUAACCCUUACAGAAAAUUAACUUAUACAGAAAAGAACACUUUUAGAUCAAAAUAUCAAUCUAUUUUAGAUUAUUGAGAAACACACACACUAAAGGGAAGGAAAAAUAAAGACACAGGUAAAAAUACAACCUGGAGGGUUUUUUGCCAUCAAACAAAUUUUUUGAAAUUAUUUGCAGAUAUUUGUGUCCUUAUCAGAUUAUUUUCACUACCAUUGUCUUGAAGACAACAUUUAUUUUUCCUAGACCACAUUACACUCUUACUACUACCCAUCAGGAGCUUUUCGACUUACACUCUUUCACGUUGAAGCUGUAGACCUAACUUCAGUUAGAUGGUUGAUAUUUAGGUCCUAGACAAGUUAUGCUGAUUGUACAAGCAAGGCUGCAUGUGUACGUUGUUAAUAUCCCUAAUCAGGGACCUGAGGACUGAAACAGAAAAAGGCUGAGUGAAAGAUACCAGAUGGCAGUGGGGGAGAAGUGGGCUUUAGAAAAGAGAUUCCACUGACAUGAACCCACAAUAAGUCAAAAUUUAACAUGUUAACAGUGACACCUAGACAUGGUCUAUAGGGCUUUACUGACUGUUCCUUAGAACUUUGAGCUUGGUGUUAUAUUAACAUAAAAUUAGUAGAAAGAACAGUGUUGUGAGUCUACAGACUAGGUUAUCUUUGAUUCUUGUGAGAAUUCAGGAACUUCAUUUACUUGGAAAGUAAGGGGCGGAUACUUUGGAGAAGCUUGAUGGUAGCUAUGUUCCGUAAGUUUGAGCAAAAAAGAUCAGCUGUGUUCUCUCUCACUGGAUGCGAGUAUUGCACUGUGCUCCUUGAUAUCAACAUGGAUGGCAGACUCUUGGAAAAGCAGAAUCUGGAUCUCUGGACUUACAAUGCUCUUUUAUUUUCACCCACCUAACCCUAAAGAAACUGCUCUGUGGAGCAGUGUCCGUUUCUGAUACUGCCUGGCUAGGAACUUAGAAAUGAUGCAGUUGGGCAGCCACAUUGAAGGAAGCUUCAUAUUGUGGAUUGGUGCACGGCUUCUCUCUCUGCCACCAUACUCACUGUUAUUAGGCUUUGUUAUAAGCACAGAGGUGGUCAAGGAAAAAAAUAAAGGACAUUGACAUUUGUUAGCUAGGUAUUGUGUUUUAAAUAUGAAAUAUCCUCCACCAAGACUCUUAUCAUAAAGACUUGGUCUCCAAUAAAGCUAUAUUUAGAGAUGAAGCCUAAAAGGGGUCAUUGGAUCAAAAGGGUUUUAACUUUCUUAGUUGUCCAUUCAUGAUAUCAUAAUCUUAUGGGAUUAUUCAGAAGUGAUAGAACCAGAAGGUGGAGUCUAACAAAAGGCAGAGUGCCGUGGGGCUUUGUCCUUGGACACUCUGUUCUUCAACCCGUCCUUCUCUGAGUCUUUCUCUUUCUCUUAGUCAGCUGACUAUGGACCGAAUCUUCUGAAAUCAUGAACAACAACAACAAAAUGUCUUUCCUUCUUUAAGUUCCUUAUCUCAGGCAUUUGGUCACAGUGCUAGGAACUUAACUAAAACAUCGGGACAUCCUGUCCAUCUGGUUGUAAAGUGAUUUAUCUUUGACUUUUACUUUCUUGUGGGCAUUAAUAUGAUAUACAACACAAGUAUUGUAUGACUUACUUCAUGGAGGUAUUCACACAGGUUUUCUUUGGACUUUCUGGUCAUUAUUUUUCCAAUAGUACCUCUUACAGACUUACAGAUAGCAAAACAAGUUAUCAGUGUACUACAUGUCACUUUUCCUACCAUAUAAGAAAGACAAUGACAUGCACUUCUUGAAUGUUUGCUGAUUUCCAUAAAACGUUUCUGUUAAUGAACUGCAUUAUCUCUUUGCAAGAAUAUAUUAACGCAUUGUCUUUCUUUGCCUGAUGUUAGUAUAUUAAGGUAAAGUGAGGAAAAUUUCCUAAGAACUUGGGAGAGUCAUUGCUAUGUAAAUGAGAAAUGUACUGUUGUGUAAAUAUUGUAACAAAUUCAGUGAUGCCCUUUUUUGUUCAACAAUUUUUAUGGAUUUUCUUAAACCUUUCAUAAAGAUUAUGUCUUAAUAUUGGCUGUAUAACUACAUAUAUUCUAUAUCUGCUAUGUGGACACUAUAUAUAUUUAGAUGUAUAUGCAUUUUAAAUUAGUGCAAGCAGUUGUAUUUUUUUGUUGUUGCUUGUAUUCUUCUGGAUUAGCUUUAUUUUUAUUUGGUUUGUGUUCUUUGGUAUAUUUUUUGCAAUUAAUUAAAAUUUCUUUGGAGUCAUUUACCUUUAAAGUAACAUAUUUCCCCAUUCAUGUGUGAGAAUUCUGGUGUCCAGUAGUAUUUACAUUCUUUAACAGCUUAAUUCAUGCAUUUUUCUCUGAUGAGUGAGAAUAUGACUCAUCGUAUUCUCAGACUUAAAAAGAGAAUAUUUCUCUUUUUAAGUAUAUUGUGUAUACUUAUAGAGAACUAUUCUCUUUUUAAGUAUACUACUUUUACUUUUAUGAAUGUUAAAUUUUUAUUCAUUAUACUCAUAUUUUUAGCAAGCUGACUUGGGAAGAUGUAUCUGUUACUAUAUCACUGAAAUGUAAUAAGAAUAUGAAUUUAUAUUUUCAAUAUAUUUUUAGAAAUAGCUGAUCAUUUUUCAGAGUGAUAUUUAAAGAUACUGUGUUGAUUUUUCUUUUGAUGUGACAAUCUCAUGCAUGUAUACACACAUGUUUCUUCUCAAAUCAAAAUUUGUUUUAUUGCCAACCCCCCAUUUCCCAGCCUUGCUUAUAGAUUUGGUUUAUUGACUGUCCCUUAACAAACUAAAUGAAGUAGAAGUAAUAUGUAUGACUUACAAAGACUGAUUAA